CAGUAGUAGUUGGUAACCUUUCUUGGCUUACAAGUGGUAUCUGAGCAUUGUUUUCUUAAGGGACCUGUGUGCCAGAUUAAGAACUUGUGAACAGAGAUCAUGUUAGCAUCUUCGUUGCCCUAUCCUCCUGGUCUCUCAGCUUUGUCAGAUGAAAUUUUUCCUAGGAUUGUUGGUGUUAAAUCUGCCAAGGAGGCUUGGGAUAGGUUGAGAGAUGAAUUUCAAGGUAGUGAGAGGGUUAGACAACAGAGAUUGUUAACUUUGAAGAGAGAAUUUGAGAUGUUGAAGAUGAAGGAGAGUGACUCAGUGAAGAGUUAUUCUACCAAGUUGAUUGAACUUGUGAAUCAAAUGAGAUUGUAUGGAGAGGAAGUGCAAGAUCACAAAGUGCUGGAGAAGAUAAUGAUUAACUUGCCUGAGAGGUUCAAAUCUAAAGUAUUUGCCAUUGAAGAAUCCUGUGACUUGAAGAAACUCACCAUUUCAGAAUUGUGUAGUAAAUUGCAGGCUCAUGAACAGAGGUCUAAUUUUAGACAAGAAGAUGUCACUGAAGGUGCUUUCCAGGCUAAGCACAAGAAUAAGCAAGCUUCAAAUUCGAAGCAAGGGAAGAAGAAGUUUGGUGAUAAAGGCAGUAAGGGGAAGUCAUCAGAAGGUAGUGCUUCUGGUGAUUUAUCCAAGAAGGGCAAAUUUCCACCUUGUCCACACUGUAGCAAGACUAAUCAUCUUGAGAAGACUUGUUGGUAGAAAUAUGGCAGGCCUCAGUGUAGAUAUUGUAAGAAGCUUGGUCAUAUUGAAAAGUACUGCAAGAUGAAGCAGAAUCAAGAAGAAUUUGGAGGUGGAGGUGGAGGUUCAACUUCUCAGGAAGCUAACUUUUCUAAUGAACAUCAAGGAAAGCAUAAUGAUCAUUUGUUCAUGGAUGUAGAUGCUUCACAGAACCCUGGGCAGAAUACAUGGGUGGUUGAUAGUGGUUGUACAAGUCAUAUGACAAAGGAUAUUGACAUGUUUUCUACCUUGGAUAAGUUUGUGAAGACCAUAGUCAAAUUGGCUAAUGGCGAGAUUGUAGAGGCAGAAGGCAAAGGCUCAGUUCCUAUCAAUACUAAGCAAGGUACAAAGCUCAUUCCAAAUAUUUUACUUGUACCACAAUUGAAGCAUAAUUUGCUUAGUGUUGCUCAGAUGAUGAAAAAAGGGGUAUGAAUUGUGUUUUAAAGAUAGUUGUUGCGCUAUUAAUGUUCCUGAUGGUAGAGAAAUUGUGAAGAUAAAUAUGGUUGAUAAUUCUUUUACUUUGCUUUCCAACUCUGUAAAACAUUCUGCACUUAAUGUGAAAAGAGAUGAUUAUGGUUUAUCGCAUAAUAGAUAUGGGCACUUCAAUUUGAGCUCUUUCAA